AUGUCGGCCCACAUCCCACCAAUUAUCGCAAAUCGCGUGAGCGAUGAGGCCAAAAAGAUGAUCGACGUGGUCGCCAAGUUCGUCGAGGAGGACUGCAUUCCCGCCGACCCCGUGCUCGAGGCACAGAUAGGCGAGGGUCAUGACCGCUGGGAGAGACACCCGGCCAUUGUCGAGGAGCUCAAGGCCAAGGCGCGCAAGCUCGGCCUCUGGAACAUGUUCCUGCCCAAGGGCCACUACGAGGAGUCUCCGGGCUGGACGAACGUCGAGUAUGCCAUCAUGGCCGAGUGGCUGGGUCGGUCGCGCGUCGCCUCCGAGGCGUGCAACUGCGCCGCCCCCGACACGGGCAACAUGGAGGUGCUGGCCAAGUACGGCAACGACGAGCAGAAGAAGCGGUGGCUGCAGCCGCUGAUGGACGGCAAGAUCCGUUCUGCCUUUCUCAUGACGGAGCCGGGCGUGGCGUCGUCGGAUGCGACGAACAUCGAGCUGAGCAUCCGGCGCGACGGCAACGAGUACGUGCUGAGCGGGCAGAAGUGGUGGUCGAGCGGUGCCGGCGACCCUCGAUGCAAGGUGUACAUCGUCAUGGGCAAGACGGACCCGGACAACAAGGACGCGUACCGGCAGCAGUCGGUGGUGCUGGUGCCAGCGGGCACGCCGGGCAUCAAGAUCAACAGGAUGCUCAAGGUCUACGGCUACGACGAUGCGCCGCACGGCCACGGUCACCUCACCUUCACCAAUGUCAGGGUGCCCAUCUCCAACCUCGUGCUGGGUGAGGGCCGAGGAUUCGAGAUUAUCCAGGGCCGUCUCGGCCCAGGCCGAAUCCACCACGCGAUGCGCACCAUUGGCGCGUCUGAGCUGGCACUCGACUGGAUGCUGAUGCGCGUCAACGACGAGGCCAAGAAGCCCUUCGGCAAGCUCCUACGCGAGCAUGGUGUGAUCCUUGAGUGGAUCGCCAAGUCGCGCAUGGAAAUCGACGCCGCCCGCCUCGUCGUCCUCAACGCCGCCCUCAAGAUGGACGAGCAGGGCGCCAAGAGCGCGCUGAGGGAGAUUGCGCAGGCCAAGGUGCUCAUCCCCACGACGGCGCUGACCGUCAUCGACCGCGCCAUCCAGUCCUUUGGCGGCGCCGGCGUCUGCCAGGACACGCCGCUGGCGGGCAUGUGGGCGGGCAUCCGGACCCUGCGCCUCGCCGACGGGCCGGACGAGGUCCACCUGCAGCAGAUGGGUCGGAACGAGAACCGACGGGGACAGCAGGUCACGGAGAAGAUCAGACGGCAGCAAGCCAAGACGGCCGAGCUCCUGGCGAAGCAUGGAGUGCAGCUUGCACAACCGGGUACGAGGAUUCGGCAUGCCAACCUGUAG